UGAGUAGCCAGCAGUCCAGCAGUCGCGCGCGCGUAUCGCUUCGGAUCGGCACGUUUUGCGUAGCGCGGGAGUGUCAUCGUCGUCGUCGUCGUCGUCGUCGUCGCCGCCGAGGGGGUGGGGGACAGAUCUGUCUCGCGAAUCCGCGUGGCCUUGGCGGUGCGCGUCGGGAAAUACGCGCGCGAUUAGAAUAGGCAGAGACGUGAGAGCGGACGUGGAAAUUCCAGAGAGAGGAGCAGCGAUUUCCUCGGGGAGUCUGCGUCGGAGGCUUCUGACGUUUGCGACGAAGCCAAGAGAGCGAGAGAGUCGGAGAUACCGUUGGCGGUGCCCCGUCUCCGAUUCGACAGGAGUCACGGACGCGAGAUAAGGAUUCCGAGUGUGUCUCGCUCGAUUAUAUUGCGGAGCGUUUCGACUCGAGCGCCGAAGGUCGUCGGCGUACACGCGUAAUCCGACUGACAGGCUGCGGAGAGCACGCGCGGGUGUUUUCGACUGUCGCCGCGCGCAUGCGCGCGGGCGUGCGGCCGUGCGUGCGUGCGUACGUAAGUGUGCACCGGAUCGCUCGCAGAAUCACAAGCGAGUCUCUCCUUCUCGUCGCUGAGGUCUCGGACGGACUCGGUUCCCGCGUCGUUCGAGGUGCCAAGAGAAAAUCGAAUCGGAAAUCGAAUUAAAUGCACUUUCACGGAGCGCAAAAGAAAAUAUAUGUAUGUACGUGUGUGUGUGUGUUUCUCGAAAAAAAUUGAAAUGCACGCGUAGACAUUCGCUCUACGCUCUGCGCAUCCUAAAUUAGAUUUUACGAGACGCAACGAGAUCGUCGAGACCGAUCGUGAGAGAGAAGGAAGCCCGAGUUCCAGGGUGAAAACGGAACAAUUUGGGAGCGAUGAGCGGAGACGAAGAUACGAGAGCUACGCCCGGAAUGUGAAAUAUCGCGUGCCGUGCGAUAAAGAGAUCGCGGAUUCGAGAUCGGCGGAAAAACCGGCGCGGACUUUCGGCGGUUGUCUCUUUCGCGAGUGCGAAGGCCGCGCGUGAAAUGCGCGUUACUUCGACAAGCGAUUCGCGCUUUUUCGAGAGCGAGUUUAAACGGUAUUGUCAAAAACCUGUCCAGUUACGACGCCAUCGAUUCGACGUCCCAAGGAGACGCCCGUGAUUCACAAAUUCGAAGGGAUAUUAAUUAACCAGGAAACAUGAAGGUCUCUAAUCAAGACUGCGCAAAAUUAGGAAAAACUCAGGCUACAUCUAACAAGGCGAAUCCUGGCCAUGUCACGCUGAUCCAAAUCGAGAAGUGUCCAGAACGCGUCUCGAUUCCGGACUGUUCAUCCAUAAGCUCUCUGGAGGAAGGUUACGGAUCAGCCGAAGAUAUGUCGACCAGCCCGGACACAUCAAGCGCGGACGUGAACAAGAGCUUCGAUCUCGAGAAUAACUUUCGCGAAAAAUUGAACAAUUUCGAAAAUAUAAUCGAGAAAAUCCAAAAUUUACAUUUCGGGUCCAACGAGAACAAAAACGAUGACAACAAGAAGAACGUCAAUGAAAACGUCGAUAGAACGUGUCGCGUUAGCAAAGAGAACAAUGUGAACAAUGAGGAGUAUUGGGAUACCUGCAACUCGCGAGCGAGCUCUCACUCCGAUAACGAAGACGAAAAUAAUAACGAGGACGACAACGUCACAGUCGACGACAAUGAGUAUUGCCUACCCCUCAACUUCCGUGACGAGGAACCACGUCUCUCUCUGGACGAUCGAAAUCCCAACAAGGACGACGAUUCGGAAGCCGAGCAAGAGCGACGACAGAAGCAUGACUCCGAUCUGACUGCACGGGGACCGAUCAAGCCCGAUUUCCAGACCCUACGAGCUGGUCAUCCCUAUUCCAUGGUGAGCUCUCUGUCACGUGUCAACGACAGCGUGGACGUAAUAGCUCAGGUGGACUACGAUAAGACCGCCGAACAGAUUUUGAGGAACAAGGAUUAUAGCGAGAAACUGAAUCCCUGUUUGGAUAAACUAUCGAAUUAUCGAAAUAAUCAAUCGUCGAUUGGAGAGAUAAUCAGUCUGACACUGGACUCUGGUUGGACUGGAGAGAAUGGCGGCGAUAUCGUUCACAGCGGACAUCCUAGCGAUGACACCGCGACACUUCCCCCCAUAACCGUCAACGAUCCGGGAGAGGAGUCCUUGAUGGAGAUCCUGUCGCGCGACGGCUUUCAAGCGGCGAUACUCUCAGACGCCGGUAGCCACUCGAUCCCUUCGCCGAGAAGCACGAAAACCUGGUCCGAUUCCCCGGCGAGCAGCUACAACUACGUCGUCUCGAGGUCGAAUAGUCGGGCAUCGAGUCGCGCCCAGUCGCCCGGAUCGGCCAUCAACUUGGAGUCGCCGCAGAUGCACAUCAACGUCAUCGGCAGCCCGCUCGGUUCACCGCAGAUUGCGUCAUCAACUUAUCGAGCUUUACCAUCCUCCUCGUCCUCGUCGUCUAAUCAAUCCUACAGUGACGUAUCCAGCCCGUUGAAUUAUCAGACACCCCUGAAUCGCCAACUCCAGGAACAACUCGACGAGACGCUGUCCGGUUGGGGCACCUACGAUUCCUCAGAAACCAUCGUCAACAGCAGUGAUACCAUCGACAGCUCGUUACUGCGCGAGCUGCAAUUCGUCGAGCAGGUUAUAGAGGAGGUCAAGCAACGCAAGGAGCCGCUGAAGGAAUUGCAGGUCGCCUCCAACGCCCCGUGUUUCUCGUCGAACUACAACGAUCGAUGCGUUCCCCCGAUACGAGGAACAUUGGAGAACAACCUGGAGUUCGAGUGUCCUGUGACGAGCGAUGCGCGAAAGAGCGAGAAGCCCAUCUGCUUGGAUGUACUUAACAGCCAAGCCAACCCCAUCGGCAACCUUAUGUCGAUUUACACGAACAGGCAAAACACUAGUGGAGGCACGCUUGUGAAUUGCACAGUUAACGGCCAAGCGGCUACUGGUCUGGAGCAGAGAUAUUUCGAGACGAGCGUAAAGAACUCUCAGGUCGACGUGUCGACGUAUACCUUGCACAAUAUCGCUUUAACUGAUAACGAGAGGCCCGUGAAGAUGCCCGAGACGAACGGAGUAUCUCGGGAGAACUACGCGAUGCCACGUGCCAUAUCCAACGGAGAGAAAAGAUACAAUCAGGCAUCGUCGACAUUUGUAUCCAAUGACUAUCAGAUACCGACGAUGGUCUUCCCCUCAUUUACAUCCAGUCCGCAGAGAAACUCGAAUCGAGGCAUAUUACCGUGGCCUUCGUUAAACUUGCCAUCCGUAGAAGCGAGUGAGAGAUUAAAGGAAGGAUUGGAUUCUAAGGAAGUGGAAAGGGCCAUGAGUAAUCUCUUGAAGAAAUCCGUAGAGGAACUAGCGGCUGCGGAUGAGGAUGGCGAUACGCCAUUGAUGUGCCUGGUGGGCAAUCCGGAAGAAUUGACGGAGAAGAAAGCUUAUCUGGCACCGUUGGUCGAACGAUUGGACAACAUACCGGGCGCCUUAUCGGCGAUGAACAAUCGCGGAGAGGACGCUUUAUAUUUGGCCGUUAUGAAUUGCCCGGAAAUGCCGUAUGUCAGUGGUUAUCUGGCCGCCAAGAUGCUGCAGAAGGGGAUUGAUAUUAAUCAAAGAUUAUGCCACAUACAUGGUGACACGCUAAUACAUAAUGUCGUGGCGCGAGGCGAUUCUCACGGGGAGGUUCUGGCGGAAUUAUUAUCGUUAAAAACGCCUGAAGGCAAUUCUGUUUUUAAUCUCUCUCACUGCAAUUACGAUGGUAAAACCGCUCUUCACAUAGCGGUCGAAUCGCACGAUCCUAUCGGACGGGGUGUUAAGUCCUUGAUCACGACGCGUCUGCUGCUGGAGAACGGCGCAGAUCUCAAGGCCAAAGAUAACAAAUGCGGCGACACCGCUUUACAUAUGGCGGCCUCGUUGAGUUGCGAUCCGGCGCUCGUAAAGGUGUUAUUAUGCAAGGCCACUUUGAGGAUCGUAAAUGAGAGCAAUUACAUAUGCAAUACGCCGCUACACAUGGCCGCAGCAGUUUCGAAUGCCGUGCCUUUGGAGAAGCAGAAGGAAGUUUGCCGACUCCUGAUACAAGCCGGUGGUCAGACUAAUAUACAGAAUCGACAAGGAAAGACACCUCUAGCUCUCGUAUCGUCAGAAAGGAAGGAGGCUAUCAAGAAAAUAUUCUAUAAAAAAUUAUGAUUAAUAGAUACGGGAAAUAGACUUCGACCGAUCGCGGACUCUACACAAGACUGAUCUCUAUAAGUGUUCGAAGGAGCAAGCAUUUAAACUCCACGAAGAUUUUUCGUACCGUUUGGUACGACACGAUCGCGAAAAAACUUUCAAGACUGUGACUCUCAAAUUAAGAAAAAGAGUAUCGAUAUGAGAUGUAUACACAUUGUGAUCACACGAAAUUGUUAUAGUCCAAGUAUUCGAGUUGCGAAUCUGAUAAGGAGCAAUUUAUAAUAGGUGAUUAUGAUUUCAUAUUCGCGAUGUUGAUCUGUAAUCGCGGGCGUAUAACUUUAAGAACUAAUGAUCAAUAUUCUUCUCUAACGGUAGAAAUAAGAGAAAAAUAUGUUGUGUAUGUGUGUGUGUGUAUAUUUUCUCUUCUUUUUACACACUUUCUCUCUCUCUUCUUUUCUUCUCUUUUCUCUUUUUCGGCAAUGUUUAUUAUUCACAUUGGAACUAGAGUUUCAGUAUACUAAUAUAUUAUUUUUAAUAUAUAAAAAGAGACUAUAAAAAUAAUAAUUAUAAACAUAGACAUUUUAUGCUAGACGGGAUAUUCUAGUGUUGUGUUGUUUAUGAACUUUGUACAGUUAAAAUAUGGUAAAUAAGAUUAUCACUUUAAGUCGUUAAGUUUUAAUUAUGUAGACUGCAAUCGUUGCACUUCGAUAAUGUUUAAGUCUUUCACAAUUAAUAGAGAAGCAUUUUUAACGAUUAAAUGCUUUUUAAUAACGUAAAAUUUUAGUCAAAUAUCUUACUUAUAUCUAAUCUGUGAUUUUUUUUAAACAUUGAAUUUUUAUAAUUUAUUUAAAAAUGUACAAAAAGUAUACUUGAGUUAUUCAAAAUUGUUAUAUUCGACUCAACAACGAAGAUAUUGCAAUGUUUGCAAAACACAUUCGCAAUUCUAACAUCCAGUACUGAGAUAAUGUCUUUCUUUUUAAUUAACAUGUAUAUAUUUUCUAUCAAUAUUGUAAAGUAAAAACAUUUAUGUGCACGUUAUUUUACAAUUUUCGUUAAUUAAACACUCGCAUGUGUAUAUAAUGAAUUGUAUGAUACAAACACAUGUAAAUGCACACGAAAAAGUGAUUAUACAAUUUCCCUAACUGUUCAUCAAUUUGUCAUAUCUGCUAAGAAAAAUAUCAAGGUUGAUUAAGAAAUAUUUCCUCUAGUUAUCUCUCUUUCAUAUCGCAUUAUUCGUCAUUCAGAAAUACAGAGAAUAGGAGCGCUAAUUUCAUAAAAUCAUCACAUGAGUCAAUCUCAAAUAUUAUUACAACACAGAGAAGGAAAAAGGGACGAGAAAUAAUAGCUAAAACGCAAGCUUCGUAGACGUGUUUGUUUUAUAAAUCGAAAGGUUGAUACUAACGUAAGUCACUACUAUUACUCUUAGAUAAUAAGUGACGUGUAAGUACGGUGUGUUGCAAAAGCGUUGCGAAAACGUGCGUCAAUUCUGACGAAACAUGCGUGUGUGUAUCGUGUUGCAUUAAUAUAUUCCUAUAUGUAAAUCGCAAAUACAUUUUUACAUACAUGAUAA